GCAGCAUCACACUGUGUCCCACCCUCCUCCUCCUCCUCUCUUGCGCCCUCCUCCACUCUCCUUUGCAUGACCACAUUCGCCAUGAUCCCUUCCAGAGCGGCCAAUGCGGCCAAGAUCGCACGCCAGACUCGCCAAUUCGCGUCAUCCUCGCGAAUCGCUGCCAUUUCGCCUUACCGAAAACACACCCCACAGCCCGUCAAAGAGACCAAACGCACCGUCUCAGCAACAGCGAAGAGCAAUGCGCAAGCAGCGGCACAACCUGCGCCUGCGCAGCAAAGAGCGGUGCCGAGUCCAGCUUUCAAUCGAGAUGAACCCAAAAGCAGAGAACCACAACCGCUGCAACCAUUCCGCCAACCCGAAAUGGAUCACAGUUUUGUGGGAAUGAAGGGCGGAGAGAUAUUCCAUGAGAUGAUGCUCAGACACAACGUCAAGCACGUUUUCGGUUAUCCUGGAGGCGCUAUCCUGCCUGUCUUCGAUGCCAUCUACAACAGCGAGCACUUUAAUUUCAUUCUACCCAGACAUGAGCAGGGCGCAGGCCACAUGGCUGAGGGUUAUGCUCGUGCUUCCGGUAAGCCAGGUGUUGUUCUGGUGACUUCUGGACCGGGCGCCACAAACACUGUCACUCCGAUGCAGGAUGCUUUGAUGGACGGUACGCCAAUGGUGGUUUUCUGCGGACAGGUGCCGACUUCUGCCAUUGGCUCGGAUGCCUUCCAGGAAGCUGACACCGUGGGCAUCUCACGAGCAUGCACAAAGUGGAAUGUCAUGGUGAAGAACAUCGCAGAGCUGCCGCGGAGAAUCAACGAGGCUUUCGAGAUCGCCACUUCUGGUAGACCUGGACCAGUCUUGGUCGAUCUACCCAAGGACGUGACUGCAGGUAUCUUGAAUAGACCGAUCCCUAUGAUGUCUACCUUGCCUACUCAUCCUUCCGCCGCAACCACGGCUGCACGAGAUCUUUCCUUGAAGCAGUUGCAUGGCAGCAUUAAGCGCACGGCUGAUCUCAUUAACAUUGCAAAGAAGCCAGUCAUUUAUGCGGGACAGGGCAUUCUCGGCCAUGUAGAUGGACCAAAGUACCUCAAGGAGCUUUCCGAAAAGGUUCAGAUUCCAGUGACCACCACUCUGCAAGGUCUGGGAGCAUAUGACGAGCUGGACCCCAAGUCUCUUCAUAUGCUGGGUAUGCACGGAUCUGCAUUCGCCAACAUGGCUAUCCAAGAAGCCGACUUGAUCAUUGCUCUCGGUGCGCGUUUCGACGAUCGUAUUACUGGCCACGUUCCACGAUUUGCACCUCAGGCACGAAAAGCGGCCGAGGAGGGUCGCGGCGGUAUCGUACACUUCGACAUCAUGCCCAAGAACAUUAACAAGGUUGUACAGGCUACGGAAGCUGUCGAGGGAGACGUCACUGCAAACCUGGCUCUCCUCCUCCCACAUGUCAACGAGGUUUCCAAGGACUCUCGCAAGGAGUGGUUCGACCAGAUUGACGCCUGGAAAGAGCGCUUCCCAUGGGCAUACCAGAAGGAGGAUGGUCCAGACGGUGUCAUCAAGCCACAGACUGUCAUCACUGCCCUUUCAGACCUCACAGCGCCUAAGAAGCAUGAGACGAUCAUCACAACGGGUGUCGGUCAGCAUCAAAUGUGGACCGCACAGCACUACCGAUGGAGACAGCCCCGCUCGAUGAUCACUUCGGGUGGUCUCGGCACCAUGGGCUUCGGUCUCCCCGCAGCCAUUGGCGCCAAGGUUGCUGCACCGGAGAAGCUCGUCGUCGACAUUGAUGGAGAUGCCUCCUUCCUCAUGACUCAGACGGAGCUGGGAACCGCUUCUGAAUUCAACAUUGGUGUCAAGGUCAUCGUCUUGAACAAUGAAGAACAAGGCAUGGUCACACAAUGGCAGUCUCUCUUCUACAGCGAUCGUUUCGCGCACACACAUCAACGGAAUCCCGAUUUCGUCAAGCUUGCCGAAGCCAUGUACGUCCCUGCACGAAGAACGACGAAGCUUGGCACUUUGGCAGAGGAUCUGGAAUGGUUAUGCUACGGCUCUGGAGAAGGUCCAGCUUUCUUGGAGGUCGUGGUUGAUCAGAAGAUUCCUGUCCUGCCCAUGGUGCCUGGUGGAAGUGCUCUUCAUGAGUUCUUGGUCUAUGACGAGAAGAAGGAGAAAGAAAGAAGACAGCAGACGAGAGAUCGCUCUGGACGUUGAUCACAGAUUGACUACCUACCUGACCUCGGAACACGGCCUUGUAUUUUCUUUUAUUCUCUCUGUAUGGUGUUUUUAAGGCGUUGCAUCUGGGGAGGGACGGGGUGAGCGUUCAGGUGUGUACAUAUACCUAAUGGAGAAACACUUGCCACGCGUCAAGCAGUGGUUUUUGAUCUUGGGCUGGGCUGGCCUGGGUGGGCGAGAGAUGUCCGCGAGGUCACCAAAAAAGUUCUGUAUGUAUGACGGAAGGCUUUUUAGUCAGGUAGCUACCUACCUAGGUAGGUAGUCCUACAGCUGAAAUUGAAGCAAGUUACCUAGG